GAUUCUAAUGUGGGCAUUUUGUAUGUUUCAGUGGUCGAAGGAUUAGCCCUGCUGGAUUUAGGGGUCUCGCCAUAUUCUGGAGCUAUUUUUCAUGAGACCCCACUGAUAAUAUAUCUGUUUCACUUCCUGAUUGAGUACGCUGAAUUGGUGUUCAUGAUAACUGAUGUGCUAACUGCUGUUGCCCUUUACUUGGCCAUCCAGGACUUCAACAAAGUUGUGUUCAAAAAGCAAAAGCUCCUAAUAGAACUGGAUAAAUAUGCACCAGAUGUGGCUGAACUCAUCCAGACGCCCAUGGAAAUGCACUACAUCCCCCUCAAGGUAGCACUAUUCUAUCUGUUAAACCCCUACACUGUGAUGUCUUGUGUGGCAAAGUCCACCUGUGCCAUCAACAAUACUGUCAUUGCAUUCUUCAUUUUAGCUACAAUAAAAGGUAGUGCCUUCCUCAGUGCUGUGUUCCUGGCUUUAGCAACAUACCAGUCACUCUACCCUCUCACAUUGUUUGCUCCAGCACUCCUUUACCUUCUACAGCGUCAGUUCAUACCAGUAAAACUGAAAAGUAAAAGCUUCUGGCUCUACACCAUGCAAUAUGCAGCCCUGUACCUGUGCAGCCUAGUGGUGAUCAUCUGCCUCUCCUUCUUCCUCCUCAAUUCCUGGGAUUUUAUCCCAUCUGUUUAUGGGUUUAUCCUUUCCGUUCCAGAUUUGACACCCAAUAUUGGCCUUUUCUGGUACUUCUUUGCAGAGAUGUUUGAACACUUUAGUCUUUUCUUUGUAUGCGUGUUUCAAAUUAACGUGUUCUUCUACACCAUUCCCUUGGCAAUAAAGCUAAAAGAACACCCUGUGUUCUUCAUGUUUGUCCAGAUCGCAAUCAUUUCUAUCUUCAAGUCCUAUCCCACUGUGGGAGACAUUGCACUGUACAUGGCCUUCCUUCCAGUCUGGAGCCACCUUUACAGAUUCCUCCGGAACAUCUUCAUCCUGUCAUGUGUGCUCAUUGUCUGCUCCCUCCUGUUCCCUGUUCUGUGGCAUCUAUGGAUUUAUGCAGGAAGUGCCAACUCCAAUUUUUAUUAUGCCAUCACGUUGACUUUCAACAUAGGGCAGAUCCUGCUCAUCUCGGAUUAUUUCUAUGCCUUCCUCCGGCGGGAGUACUACCUCACUCAUGGACUCCAUUUGACAAGGCAAGAUGGGACAGAGGCCAUGCUUGUUUUGAAAUAA